UCUGCCACUGCACGUGCUCGGGUUAUACCAAAAUUCGGAAUACAUGCUUUACUUUGUAUACUGCUAUUGCUUGGAGGGCACUGGAUAAUGCUAUUACUUAAUAUGCCAAUGGCCAUAUGGCUGGGUUAUGAACUGCAAAGACAACCCAGGGAUAGUCUGGGUGUUUACGAUCCGAUCGAUAUACAUAGUCGUGGACUUUUGAAAGUGCAUCUCAGAAAUUGCAUGGUUUAUUUGGGUUAUUACUUCGUUAUGUUUUUCGUAGCAAUGUACUGUUUAAUUAGUUCACUGAUCAAGGGAGACCCAAUUAAACGACAUGAGGAAGGAGAAUUUAUAACCGAAUUUUAAAUAAACCGUAUAUUCUAAGCUGCACUAAUCAAUAUGCUACAAUCAAAUAGUUGUAGAUUUUAUGUUAGUUUUAAUAUCGUACUAGUCAAAUUUUGUCACAAUCGCACCGUAUAAUGAUAAGUAGUAAUGUCUUCCCUUUUUAAAUUUAAGUGCAGAGUAUCAUAAUCAUUUUAAAUCAGUCAAAACUCAUGUUCAUUCGCUCUAAACGUUGUAUCGACUCAUCUAUUCAAUAAUAAGUGCACACGCACAUAAACGCAUUUGUACAUAUAGAUAUAUAAGUAUAAAAUGUCGAAUGUUAACUAAUUUCGUUGUGGAAAACGUCUAUUCAAACAUAUUUUGAAGUAAAUUUAAUUUUGAACGCCAUUCUUUUU